AUGUGUUAUUCAGACUCUAGCAACCUUCAAUAUACAAUAGCUGAAGAAAUUAGAAAAGGUUCAUUUGUAGGAAAUCUAGCACAAGAUUUAGGAUUGAAUAUUAAGGAACUGUCAGUUAGAAAAUUCCACAUUGUUUCUGAUGAUUCAGAGAAAUAUUUUACUGUUAAGUUAGAAAAUGGAAACCUGUAUGUUGCAGAGAGAAUAGACAGAGAGACUCUCUGUGGAGAAGCAGAGCUUUGCUUUUUAACCUUUGAUGCAUUGGUUAAAAACCCUUUAAAUGUUUUUCAUGUAAAGAUUCAAAUACAAGAUAUUAAUGACAAUGCUCCAAUUUUUUUCCGUGAAAUAAUUAGACUAGAAAUUCUUGAAUCAACAUUACCAGGAGCACGUUUUGUGUUGCAAAAUGCAAGAGAUCCAGAUUUAGGAAGUAACUCUGUUCAAAACUAUAAGCUUAGUGCUAGUCAGUAUUUUAAAUUGGGGAAAAGAAAAAAUGCUGAAGGAGUUAUUUCUCCAGAAAUAGUUUUAGACAAUUCUUUAGACCGUGAAUUGCAAAGUACUUUUGAGCUAAUUUUAACAGCUUAUGAUGGAGGAAAUCCUAUACAAAGUGGAAGUACGUUACUUAAAAUAUUUGUCACUGAUGUAAAUGAUAACUUCCCUUUAUUUGCACAAGAGGUAUAUAAAGUGAGUUUAAAUGAAAAUGCCUCAGUUAACACUACCGUUCUUCAGCUGAAAGCCAGUGAUAAAGAUGAAGGAUUAAAUGCACAGAUCACCUAUUCCUUCAGCAAUAUUCCAGAAUAUGCUUUGAAGUUGUUUAGUAUUAAUCCAGAUAGUGGGGAAAUUAAAACAAAAGAAAUGAUGGACUAUGAAUUGGCUAAUAGAUAUGAAAUGUUUGUACAAGCUCAGGAUGGAGGAGGCCUUGCCUCUCAUGCAAAUGUAAUAAUAAAAAUAAUAGAUGUAAAUGACAAUGCACCUGAGAUAACUAUUAACUCCAUUAGCAGUCCAAUCACUGAGGAUGCCUCACCUGGCACAUUAGUGGCACUGAUUAACGUCCGUGAUAAAGACUUUGGAGAAAAUGGAGAAGUUAGCUGUCAAAUUAAGGAUGCAUUGCCAUUUAAAUUAUUAUUAUCAUCUGGAAGUUACUAUAAAAUAUUUACUACAGCUUUUAUGGAUAGAGAAAAAAUACCCCAGUAUAAUAUUACUGUUGAAGCUACUGAUAAGGGAUCUCCCCCAUUAUCCACUAGGAAAACCAUUAUAUUGGAUAUAUCUGACAUAAAUGAUAACCCACCUAUUUUUGAGAAAAAAUCCUAUAUUGCUUAUGUAACCGAAAAUAAUUCCCCUGGAGCUUCUAUUUUCAAUAUCUAUGCAUCAGACUUGGAUAUUGGAGAAAAUGCUAAACUUACAUACUUCAUUCUCAACUCAAGUGCAGAGGAAUUGUCUCUAGUAUCUUUUCUGUCAAUAAAUCCAGUAACUGGAGUUAUUUAUGGACAGCAUUCAUUUGACUAUGAAAAACAGAAAGAAUUCAAUUUACAAGUUGUAGCUAAAGAUCAUGGAUCACCAUCUUUAAGCAGUAAUGUAACCUUGAAGAUUUGUAUUGUAGAUCAGAAUGACAAUGCACCCCACAUUUUGUAUCCUUCACCUGAAAUUGAUGGUUCAACUUUUUUUGAGAUGGUUCCUCCGACUUCUGAACAAGGUUAUCUGGUGACUAAAGUGGUAGCAGUGGAUGCUGACUCUGGACACAAUGCAUGGCUGUCUUAUCAUUUUAUACAAACCCCAGAACCAUCCUAUUUCAACAUUGAUCAGAACAAUGGGGAAAUCAGGACAUCCCGUGGCUUUCAAGAGAAAGAUAGUUUUCGCCAAAAAGUAGUUAUUAUGGUGAAGGACAAUGGGACCCCUUCUUUCUCAGCGACAGUUACAUUAAACCUUGUUGCGGCAGUAAGUUUUCAGCAAAUUCUUCCAGAAAUUGUUAGUCAUCCAAACGAAAGUGACUCACAAUAUAAUUUACAAUUUUAUUUAGUAAUUGCCCUAGCUCUUAUAUCAUUUUUAUUUUUGCUCACUGUGAUUAUGGCAGUUAUAUCAAAGUACAGAAAACUAGAAUCAUCUCCAAAUUUCAGCUCUCUGAAUACAAAUAUAUAUUCCAAUGUAGAUCCCAGAUUAUUUUCUAGAUAUAGCAAUGGUACAUUGUCAUUGCCAUUCUCAUAUGACGUUUGUGUUGCCUUGGAUUCCAGUGAAAAUGACUUUAGUUUUUUAAAACCUAAUCAAAAUGUGCCUGUUGCCAGUUUGAUAGACUCGGAUAAUACAGGGAUUGAAAAUAAAAGUGAAAAAGAAACUGUAUCUGAUAACAGCCUUCUUGAGAGCACUGCUGUUUACCAAAAAGGUGAAGAAGUGAAAAUGGAAUAUGAGGAUAAUUCAAUCAUAAAAGCAUCUGAUGGUGAAAAUCCCAUACUGACUGGUACUGCUCUGAUUUAUAUUAAUGUCACUGAUGUUAACGAUAACUUCCCUGUAUUCAUCCAAGGGGUAUAUAAAGUUAAUUUGAAUGAAAAUAUUGAAAUGAACAGUUCGGUACUUUUUGUGUAUGCGAGUGAUAAAGAUAAAGGAUUAAAUGCACAAAUCACAUAUUCUUUCAGAAAUAUUGCAGAAGAAGCAGUGCAGACCUUCAACAUUGAUGCUAGCAGUGGAGAAAUUAAAACAAAAGGAAGUGUAGAUUUUGAAGUAAUCAAGCUUUAUGAAAUAUCUGUACAAGCACAAGAGGGAGGAGGCCUAGUUUCUCAUGCCAAAAUAUUAUUACAAAUUAUAGAUAUUAUUGACAAUUUACCAGAGAUACAUAUCACCUCAAUGUCUUUGUCAAUCUCUGAGGACCAACCUGGAACAGUGGUGGCACUAAUUAUUGUUUAUGAUAAAGAUUCUGGAGAAAAUGGAGAUGUAAACGGGGACAAUGGUCAACCUGCUCUUUCAGCAACGGUCAUUUUAAAUUUGGUGGUUGCAGAAAGUCUUCAGCACAUUGUUCCUGAACUUAGCAACCAUACUACUAACUUACUGUUCUAUUUGUUUAAUAAUGGAACUUUGUCAACACCAUAUUCAUAUGAUGCUUGUUUGACCCUGGAUUCAAGUGAGAGUGACAUUGCUAUACUAAAAACCAAAACAGAAUGUUCCAGUAGCUAG